AUGGCGAUCACAGAACUUGUCAAAUCCGCCCUCCAGCACUCCACAAAAUCCAACAACCUCAAACUCCUCUUUGCCCUCUCCGCCUACUUUCUCUACAAAUACCGCUCCCACGCUGUUGGAACCCGUCGCCGCCCAGACCUCAAAGAACCCAAGGGCGCCUACCCGCUCCUUGGCCACAUGCCUCUCCUCGCCAUGAUUCCGGGCACAAAGUUGUAUGAUUUCUUUGAGAAGAAUUAUCGAGAACUCGGACCGGUUUGGUCGAUUAGUUUGCCGGUGAUUGGGAGGAUGAUUCAGGGAGAUACGCCAGAGAUGGUCGAGCAUGUGUUGAAGAGCAACUUUUGGGCGUAUGAGAAGGGUCCGAUUCUCAAGGGUGCCCUUGGCGAUCUUUUUGGAUCUGGAAUCUUCGCAUCCGACGGUCCAACAUGGAAGUUCCAACGCAAGCAAGCCUCGCACAUCUUCAACGUCAAGGCCUUCCGUGAAUACACAAGCGAUGUCUUUGUGAUCGAGGCCCAGAAGGUGCUCGAGUACCUUGGCAAGGCUGCCGAUGCCGGGACCGAGAUUGAUUUCCAUGCGCUGAUGCUCCAUUUCACUCUUGAUAGCUUUGGCGCUGUGUCUUUUGGAGAGAGCUUUGGAUGCUUGGAAAACAUCGAAAGUAAAGUCGAUUUCGCCGUAUCCUUCGACGACCUGACCGCAACCUGCUCCGACCGACUCAUGGACCCGGCCUGGAAGAUCCGCGAGGCUCUCACCUCCGUCGGCGCAAAAGCCAAAUACGACAAAGCCCUCAUCCGCAAACAUUCCCUUGAAAUCAUUCAACGUCGUCGUGCCGAAGGCUUCAAUGCCACCCCCGGCGCCAAGAGGGACCUCUUGCAGCUCUUUAUGGAGGCUAAGGAUGAUGAAGGGAAGCCAUUGUCGGAUGAGUACUUGGUAGAUAUUAUUUUGAACUUUACUAUUGCUGGACGCGACACCACCGCUCAGGCCUUGUCGUGGAUGUUUUAUUUGAUUGACAGGGAUGGAACGGAUAAGGAGAUUAUGAAGACGUUGGUCAAGGAGGUGGAUGAGGUUUUGGGGGAUGGGUUGCCCACCUAUGAGACUCAUAAGCAGCAGAAAUAUGCUGAGGCCUGCUUCAACGAAGCAUUGCGCAUUUACCCCUCAGUCCCUCGCAACCUAAAGAUCUGCGUCCAAGACGACACCCUCCCGGACGGAACAAAGAUCUACGCCGGAGAAUGGUUCACCUGGUCCUCCUACGUCAUGGGCCGCUCCGAACAACUCUGGGGCUCCGAUGUCCUCAGCUUCAACCCGGCCUGUUGGAUCAACACCGAUAAACCCUCCCAAGGAAAAUUCAGUUCUUUUCAUGUCGGACCUCGUGUUUGCUUGGGACAGAAUUUCGCGGUGUUGGAGGCGUUGACGGUGAUUGGGAUGAUUCUGCAGAAGUUUGAGUUGAAGUUGGUGGAUGGGGCGAAGGUCCCGGCUUAUGGAGUUUCGGUGACGAUGCCGAUGUUGGAGGGAUUGCCUAUGAGAGUCACUAGGCGUCAGAAGAAGGAGGAGGGUGCUAUUACUGUAUAA